AUGACAGAAACAAUGUCAGGACAAUUAAAACGUUUUGAUGCAUAUGCUAAAACACUUGAAGAUUUUCGUAUACGUACAACAAGUGGUGGAUUUGUUACAAUAAUUAGUUCAAUUAUAAUAUUUUUAUUAAUAAUAAUUGAAUUAAAAUAUUAUUUAACAAUAGAUAUAAUACAAGUUUUAUUUGUUGAUACAAGUCGACAAGAAAAAAUGAAUAUAACAAUUGAUAUUAAAUUUCCUAUUUUACCAUGUAGUUAUUUAACUGUUGAUGCUAUGGAUAUAUCAGGUGAUUCACAAACAGAUGUAUCACAUAAUUUAUAUAAAACACGAUUAGAUUUAAAUGGAAAUAUAAUUGAAAAUGAUAUUAUUAAAGUUUCAUUAAAACCAUUACCAAAAUUAAAUGAUGAUAAUAAAAAUAUAACAACAACAACUUCUCAAUGUGAAUCUUGUUAUGGUGCUGAAUCAUCUGUACAUGAAUGUUGUCCGACAUGUGAUGAUGUUAAAGCAGCAUAUAGAAUUAAAGGAUGGUCAUUUGAUCCAUCUGGUAUUCAUCAAUGUAUUCGUGAAGGUAAAAACAUUGAUAUAAUUAAUUCAAAUAAUGAUGAUAGUUCAACACAAAUAAAUGAAGGUUGUCGUUUACAUGGUUAUUUAGAAGUAAAUAAAGUAUCUGGAAAUUUUCAUAUAGCACCUGGUCAAUCAUUUGAACAACAUCAUAUACAUGUACAUUCAUUACGAAAUGUACGUUUAAAUAUGCUUAAUACAACACAUUAUAUUGAUGAAUUAUCAUUUGGACAAUAUUUUCCAAAACAAAUAAAUCCAUUAUCAAAUACAAAACAAAUUGUUAAUUUAAAAGAUAAUGGUGCUGUACUUUAUCAUUAUUAUGUUAAAGUUGUACCAUCAACAUAUGUUUUUUUAAAUCAAACACAAUUAAUAACAAAUCAAUAUUCAGUUACAAAACAUAAAAAAAUUAUUAAAAAUAUAUUUGAUUCAUCUGAUCAUCAAAUACCAGGAAUAUUUUUUACUUAUGAAAUAAGUGCAAUUAUGGUUAAAUUUAUUGAACAAAAACGUUCAUUAGCACAUUUUUUAACAUCAUUAUGUGCAAUUAUUGGCGGUGUUUUUACUGUUUCAAGUUUAAUUGAUGCUUUCAUUUAUCGUAGUAGUUGUCUUCUACAUAAAAAAUUUGAACUAGGCAAAGGAACAUAA